CCCUCUAUGCUAAGCUUACCAUUUCCCACGCAGAGAUGCCAUGCCUGAUAAACCCUAAUCAGAACCUCACAUAGGUCAUCAAUGGCGUAUAAAAUGGGAAUCCUUACACGAAACAAAAUCAUAAUCAAAACCUUUAGCUCCAUCAAAUCCAUCUCCACCUUCACCUUCCUCUCUCAAGAACCCCAACUUGCUACCGAGCCAACCCACUCCGAUCCUAUCCCCCCCACCACCACCACUCGUUUACCUCCAAACCCAGCCUUCGGCAGUCCACUCUACAAUGAGAACUUGCGCAACCCAAUCCCAAACUCAUCCCCUGGUGGUCAGUCUCUAAUUAAUUUCGGCUUCCUCCAGCAAACGCUAGCUGGUCGCAUCCGGUCCAUGUCUCAAAAUCUCGACCUCAAUGAUCUGUUGAAUGUGUUCGCGGAUUGGAUGAGCUCGCAGCGAUGGCCUGAUGUGAAACAACUGUUUGAGUUCUGGAUAAGGUCGCUGGACAAAAAUGGCAAGCCUAAUAAGUCUGAUGUCAAUUUGUAUAAUCAUUAUUUGAGAGCAAAUUUGAUGAUGGGAGCUACUGCUGGGGAUAUGUUGGACUUGGUUGCUCGGAUGGAGGAGUAUGGUUUGUUGCCUAACACAGCUUCCUUCAAUUUGGUGCUCAAAGCCAUGUACCAGGCCAGAGAGACUAAGGCUGCCGAGAAGUUGGUCCAAAGGAUGGAGCAGACAGGGAAUGAUUCUCAGCCUGAUGAUGAGUCAUAUGAUUUGGUUAUUGAAAUCCUCUUCUUGACAGAACAAAUUGAUGUUGCCUUGAAAUAUAUAGAUAAGAGUUUGAAAUAUGGUUAUACGUUAUCAGUGAGAGUGUUUAAUGAUUGUGUAAACAGUUGUGUUAAUAAAGGCAGACUGGAUGCGUUGGUGUUGAUAAUUGAAAAGUGCAAGACAAUGGAUCAGAACAAAGCUUUCUGUCCAACUUGGACCACGUGCAACUUUAUUGCAGAAGCUGCAAUGAGAGAGGAUAAUAACAAGUUAGCAUAUUAUGCCUUAGAAUUUAUGGCCAAAUGGAUUGCCAGGGGUGAGAAUACUAGGCCUGCUGUUCUUCUUUCUGCAGAUGAAGGGCUGGUUGUAUCUGCACUUGGAACUGCUGGCAGGACCUACAGUUCUACUCUCUUGGAUGCAUCAUGCAAAAUUCUUCACCAAUCAUUACGUGAAAAAAAGACACCUAACCCAGAAUCUUAUAUUGGGAAAAUAUAUGCCUAUGCAUCACUGGGGAAUCUACAGAAGGCAUUUAGUACUCUGCGUGAAUUUGAGUCUGCUUAUGGGAGUUCUUCUGGCAAAGAAGCUGAAGAAGAACUGUUCUCACCAUUUACUUCUCUAUAUCCUAUGGUUGUGGCAUGCUCAAAGAAAGGUUUUGAGACUCUGGACUCGGUAUAUUUUCAGCUGGGGAAUUUGAGCUGUGCAGAACAUCCAUACAAGUCUGUUGCUGCUCUUAAUUGUAUAGUUUUAGGUUGUGCAAAUAUAUGGGACCUUGACCGUGCCUAUCAAACUUUUGAGGCGAUUGGCUCUUCUUUUGGAUUGACCCCUGAUAUUCAUUCAUACAAUGCUCUUAUGUAUGCCUUUGGAAGGCUUAAGAAGACAUUUGAGGCUACAAGGUUGUUUGAUCACAUGGUAACUUUAGGUAUCAAACCCAACUCAACAUCAUAUUCAUUGCUUGUUGAUGUUCAUCUCAUCAAUCGAGAUGCAAAAUCUGCUCUCUCUGUAAUUGACGAGAUGGUGUCUGUCGGAUUUAUCCCCUCAAAGGAAACACUAAGGAAGGUCAGAAGGCGUUGUGUUCGUGAGAUGGACUAUGACAGUGAUGCUUGUGUGGACUCCUUGACUAAAAAGUUCAAAAUUCGAAUGGGUCUUGAGAAUCGUAGGGACAUCCUAUUCAAUCUUGAGUAUGGCACUGAUUAUGCUUGAUAGGUAAAAGUCUGAUGAAAGAAAUCUUGUUGAAAUACUGCACGAAGUUUUCGAAAGGGCUAUACUGGUGUUUGCUCAGGUUCCAUGAGAUGAAAUAUCUACCCCUUGGUAAUCUGUUGCCUUGAUUUACGUUUUGUUUGGAUUGGAUGGGGGUGAGUGAAGGGUAAAUAAGAGUAAGGAGUAGUAAGUAACUAUUAUACUUUUUGUUUUGGAAGAGAUGAGUUAGUGAAGGGUAAGAGUAAGUAAGGGUUAGGCUUACCUUCCUUUCCUUUCCUUGCUCCUUAAAUUCUAGUUUUUCUUACACCCCAAAUUGAGAUGUAAGCAGAAGGAGGUAAAAGUUAAAAAUUAUUUUAUUUUUAAUUUUUCUAUUGUGUCCUUAAUUUUUUAUUAAAAAUCUAAUUAUACUCAUUAAAAGUAAACUUAACUUACCAGUACAAAUAAAUGUCUUCUCUUUCAAAUUGCUGUA